AUAUAGGCCAAUUAGCUUGCGCAAUGUCAUAUGCAAUAUUGUAGCAAAAAAAAUUAGGCAAACCAGUUGAAGUCGCUUCUGAAGAAUGUCAGCUCACCACAACAGAGUCCUUUUGUGCUCAGAAUGUUUAUUAUUGAUAACAUUAUGACUAGUUUUGAAUGCUUCCAUACGAUGAAGAAGAAAAAGAAGGGCCAGACUAACUUUUUUGCUAUAAAAAUAUAUAUGAGUAAAGCAUAUGAUCGAGUAGAGUGAUAGUACCUUAAAGGCAAAAUAAGGCAGAUGAGAUUUGCAAAGAGGUAGAUUCAGCAUCUCAUGAUGUGUGUUCGUAUUGUGUCAUACGCAGUCCUAGUAAAUGGACACCGAUUGGUGAGAUCUACGCCUAGUCGAGGACUCGAGCAGGGAGAUACUCUAUCGCCGUACCUUUUCAUGAUAUGUGCAGAAGGGCCUAUCAACGAUUAUGAAGAGGACAGUGCAAGAAAUGAUUGCAAUGCCUGCACCCAUCCAAAGGAGCCCUCAUCAUCACCCAUCUCGUUUUCGCUAAUAAUAGUAUCUUAUUUGGCACGACCACAAUGCAGGAAAAUACAUCUAUAAUGGAGAUCUUAAAACCAUAUGAGAAUGAGUCUGGACAGCUAUUUCCAUAAAUCAUAAUUGUCAUUUAGUAUAACAUUAAAUGUCACAAAAAACUUAUAGUAAGUGGAAUUCUAGAGAUAAAGUCAGUGGAGAAACAUGAUAAGUAUUUCGGCCUUCACACAAUGAUCUAUAGAUCAAAGAAAUAAAUUUUUUUAGGAUUGAAGGAGAGGGUCCAAAAGAAACUUAAGGGAUGGAAGGAGAAGACUCCAUUAGUAGUUGAGUGUGAAGUUUUGAUGAAAUCGCUGCACAAGCACAACUUACCUAUGUUAUGUCGGUUUUCAAAGUCCCGAUUGUUGGUCCAUGCAAAGCGAAGGCGUUCUUCUAUUUCCUCAUUAAAUUACUCAACCAUUCCAUCCGACGACAUUUCUGCAAAGGCGAAAAAGACCUCUCCUCGAAUUUCAAUUUCAACGGCUAGUGAUGGGAUCAAGAAGACCUAUGAACUCGGCUACUGAAUUUAAUUCGCUGGAGAAGAAGAAACCCAGAGAACUUAGAGGUCGUCUGCUUGUAGGAUUUUGAUGAGCGAUUUUGCCUCAAAAUCUCAUAAGUGUUGGAUUAUUGUCCAAAUCCAUGUUUGUUGAUAAAAUGAAGUUGGCCUAAAUCCGUAGAGCCCACAAAUGUGUGAUUUUAUUUUACUCAAAAUCCACGGACCCCACGGAUUAUAAAAUCCCACCUCAUGAGGUAAGAUUUUGAGAAGUGCCAAAAUCCGUGGACCCCAGUAACUAUGAAUGACCAAAGUAUCCUUAACAAAAAAAAAAUACUUUAGGAUGAUAGGAAGAAGGAUAAGAAGGUAAACUUAUCAUUUAACCCAUAAAUAGUAAAGUCCAUUUUGAAAUCCAACAAGCAAACAUGUAAUUUUAAAAAUCCAAGAUAGUAAAGUCCAUGUUGAAAUCCAACAAGCAAACAUGCAAUUUUUAAAAUCCAACAGAAAUCCAACAUAGCAAAAUCCAACAUAAUCCUUCAAUCCCAAAAUCCAAGGUUUUACUAAAAUCCUUCAUUUUUUAAAAUCUCACAAGCAAACGACCUCUUAGUGACUAUAUAAAUCCAUGAAUGUACAUUGUCAAGCUCACUUUUGUGAGAGCAAGAAGUGUGUGCUUAAGGCUUUACAUCUGUCAAGGAAUUGUCAAACCAAGAGCUAUUCAUAGCUAGGGUUUGUAAGAUUUCUUCAAGUUGUCAUAGCUCGAGUAUAGCUAGUAGUUGAGAUUGAUCACUGAAUCUUGUUUUGUACUUUAGUACCUUCCAUUCUGAAUAGGUCAGUUCUUUAUUUGAUUGCCAAAAGGUGUUCUUUCGAUUCGAGUAUUGAGUUCUUUGCAUUUUGAAAAACGAAUUUCAAUUAGUAUAAGAGCCAGCUUCUUGUUCGAUUAUAUACUGCUAAGAAGAGUCGGAAGUGUUUUUCAGAAUGGCAAGCUCAUCCGAAAGUAAAUCCUUUCCUAUCAGUACUAAUCCACCCUAGUUUGAUGGGUCUGAUUAUCCUGUGUGGAAAAACAGGAUGAGACUAUUCCUUAGAGUAAUUGAUUUUGAUCUCUGAGCCAUUGUAUAAACUAGGACUAUAGAUAUGUAGGCAAACAAGAAAGACACUUGGUCUGACGAACAGAAGGAAAGUGUUCAGCUUGAUUCCAGAGCUAAAUGUGAAACAGUAAUGAGAUGUGGAACAUCUUUGAAACCAUUUUUAAGAGAACAAAAGAGGUAAAAGAAACUCGUAUUGAUGUUCUUCUCAGCGAGUGGGAAUCGUUUGAAAUGAAAUAAGGAGAAUCCAUCUCUGACAUGGAUAAGACGUUCACCGAUCUGGUAAAUAAACUACAAGGACUUGGAAAAACCUUUUCUAGCAAUGAAUUGGUUAGAAAAAUCUUGAGAUCCCUUCCCAAGGAGUGGAUGCCCAAAUGAACCGCAAUUGAAGAAGCAAAAGAUCCAAAUGUGUUAUAUGUUGAAAAUUUAAUGGGAUCAUUGCUUAUUCAUGAAGAAGUCCUUAACCAAAUGUCCAAAUAUUAUAACAGGAGGAAAAUGAACAUAAUGUUCAAAUCUUCAUCAGAAAAACUUGAAGAAGAAGAAGAGGACAUGGAUAAGGAAAUUGUUAUGUUAAGCAAACAUUUGCAACGAAUAAUUAAGUUAAAGAAGGACAAGAGCUUCUUGAGAGAUUCCUUCAAACAAAAUGAUAACAAAUACUUGAGAUCAUACAGAAACGAUAAUGAAAAUCAAAGUAAGAAUAUGAUGAAACUCCAGACAAAGACUCAUCCAUUGUAUGUUUCACAUGUGAAAAAAUAGGUCACAUGAAGUACAUUUGUCCUUACAAUAAAAGGUAAAAAUCCCUCAGUGCAAACUGGAGUGAUUGUAGUUCUGACGAAGAUAACAAUGAGGUGAAUGCGUACAUGGCAAAUGAAGAAUCCUCAGAUGACUCAGAUUGUGAUUCAUUUAGUGGAGGAUACAAGGUAAUUUUCGAAUCUAACUCUACAUGCUCCUCUGAUAUCUCAUCUUGCAUACAAGAAGUUGCUAAUUUAAAGGAUGAAUGUGAUAGACUCAAAAGCAAAUGCUGCUAUCUUAUGACUGAAUUACAACGAAACGAUUAUGAAAUAUCUAGAUUGAAGAAAAUUGUUUCAUUCCAUAAGGAAGAAAAUGAUACUUUAAACUCCAAAAAUUUUAUUUAACUAAUACCUGAAAGGUGUCUCGUUCAUAUCAUUAUAGACAACAUAAUUCUACUCACUGGAAUUCUCGCAUCAAUCAUCAUUCCAAAUCUAGGACAGGUUCUUUAUACAAUAAAGGACCAACUCCUCAUAUAAGAAGUCUAGCCAGCACAUUUCGUCACAGUUUUCUGGUCAGUAUAAUGUUCAUGGUGUCUACCUUUGCAAUUUCUGCAAUAGGAAGGGGCAUAUUGAAAAAAUUUGCUAUGAUAAACUCAGACAAGUUAGUAGAAAAAUGGAACCCAAAUUUGUUUGGGUACUCAAAUCUAUUAACAAAGGGGAACUCUUGUGCAGAAAAAGGGAGCACGAUCUCAAAUUUGGUAUCUUGACAGUGGUUGCUGCAACCAUAUGUCUAGUAUUGGAAAACUAUUCUCUGAUACUGAGAAAAAGAAAGGAGGUAAGGUAAUAUUUGGUGAUAGUAGUGUUGGAUACAUAUGUGGACUUGGCAACAUUAGAAAGAUUCCUAAUGCAUGCAUACAUUAUGUCUAUCUAGUAAAUGGCUUGAAGUAUAAUCUCUUGUCUAUCAGUCAAUUAUUUAAAUCUGCAAACACUGUGACUUUUGAUGCCAACUGUUGUUAUGUCAAACGUGGUGAUCAAGUUUUCUUCCCUAGAAACUGAAAACAUAACAAGUAUGUCAUUGACCUUGACAAACUCACAUUACUGGAUGAAACAUGUAUGCCGUCCUCUUAUGAUCUUGAGAUGUUUUGGCAUAGAAAACUGGGUCACAUUUGUGUAAAGAAACAUGUAUGUUGUCCUCUUAUAAUCUUGAUAUGUUUUGGCACAGAAAACUGGGUCACAUUUGUUUAAAGAAAAUUGGGUCUCUGUUUGAUAAGUGAAGCCUAACUUCCUUAAAUGUUGCUGCCACUCCCAUUGCCACUACCACCAAGCUUGAUUCAGAUCCUUCAGGUAAGAAAGCGUGUGAAAAACUUUACAGAGGUAUGAUUGGAUCUCUUCUCUAUCUUACUGCUAGCAGACCUGACAUUAAAUUUGUUGUGUGUCUAUGUGCUCGUUUUCAAUCAUGACUUAAGCAAAGCCAUCUUAGUGUCGUCAAACGUAUCUUCAGAUAUUUAAAAGGGUCACUUUCACUUGGCUUAUGGUAUCCUUUUUCCUCUGGAUUCGAUUUAUCUGGCUUUAGUGAUUCUGGUUUUGCUGGGAGUCUAACUUAUCGAAAAGCCACUUCCGGUAUCUAUCAAUUUCUUGGUUCUUGUCUUGUUUUGUGGGGAAGUAAGAAGCAAGCUAAUAUUGCCUUAUCAACCGAUGAAGCUAAAUACCUUGCUGUCGGAUGUUGUUGUGCUCAAAUCCUAUGGAUGAAAUCUCAAAUUCUAGAUUUUGGAGUCAAGUUUUCUACUAUUCCCAUUUUUUGUGACAAUUCUAGUGCCAUAUGUAAAUCCAAAAACCCAGUUCACCAUUCACGAACCAAACACAUUGAUUUCAAAUAUCACUUUAUUCGUGAUCUUGUUUCCAACAAAACUGUUGAGGUUCUCUUUAUUACAGACUCUCAACUCACAGAUUUGUUCACCAAACCUCUCUCUACUAAGUGAUUUUCCUUGCUGGUUUCCGAGAUUGGCAUGCUUCCUUUAUAGUGAUUCGCUUCGUCUCUCUGAUAUCCUUGGAAAUCUAAGUUGCUAUCAUUACGAAGAUGGACAUGCCAUUUCUUUGUAUCUUCUCGCCUUUUUCACCUAUAAAUUCCUCCUCCACCUCUGUCCUUGUCAUAUCUAUCUGUUUUUACUAAUCCAGAUAACAUGUUACUCCAUUCUUCCAUUUCCUCCAAUAACCGAAACCCCAUCAUUCACACCUUCUCCAACUCUCUUUUGCAUGGACCAGAGGAUUUUCACCUCUUUCAUAUGUACUUUGAGCAUCGUUCUCUUCCCGCCGUUUUUCUUUUGAACCGAUAUUUUUUAACCUUUUGGUAUUCGUCUCUCCUAUCUUCUGGAAGGUCUUGGUUGGGAGUUUCUGGCUCAUCGUUGUCAAACCCCUGCUGCCCCCUGGUGUGGUUCAGAUUUUUUAUGCCAACAUGGAUCCUAAUCUUGAAGGACGUAAUUUCACCACCAUCGUGUACAGGCACAAUAUCAAUAUGACUGUUGAUGCCAUGGGUUCUACCCUUGGAUUUCCCAAUGAAGGGAUCUAUCUCGCGUCCACUCGUGACCUUUGGGGUUUCCGCUUUGAUGCUACUGUCACAUACUCAAGACUCUCGGGUGUUGAUGUCCACUACUACUCUCCAGUUAAAGUCUCUCGUCUACCCCCACAUCUUCGAGUGUUCCAUUAUCUUCUCACCAGGGUCCUCCUUCCUCGCUCUGAUCAACUUGGAGUAGUCAUUAAACAUGAUAUCCGGGUCAUUGAAAACACCAUUGCCAAGAAACAUUUAAACUACUCUCAUGUCUUGUUUGGUCACAUGGUAUCUGCUUCUAAUGAGCACUUUCAAGACUAUCUUCCCUUUGGUGACUGCAUCACUCAACUCUUAGCCAAUCUUAGUAUUAAUCUCUCUGCCUUUGCAUCAUCCAUAUCUGUAACUUAUGUCUUACCUCACCCUGUUCUUGGCUCUCUUGGUUUUACCAUCGAUCUUCCACAAGGGGGAGAUGGAAUGGUUGUUGACCGGUGGCCUGGACAACUCUCUCCCAAUGGACCUCUCGAUAGAGCCCGAAUUUCUCUAAUCAUCCACGUCAUACACCCUAACUCCCCUCAGACAGAAGACUUUGUUGAAGCUUCCCCAAAUGCUUAUACGGCCCCAGAUGCUUGAAGAUGUGACUGCAAUCCAUUUGCAACCUCCAACUAUGAUUUUUCUUUUGUUUAAGAUUUUCUUUGAAAACGGAUCUCCUUUGGGAGAAAAACUUUCUUUUUGAUGGAUGAUUGACUAAAUUCUCCUACGGGGAGAAAAACUAGUUUUGACAUGAAUGGUCCCUCCCAGGGGGAGUGAUUUUAAGAUAGCCUCUGUUUAGAUUGAUAUGGUCUGGCUUGUUGGCUGUUUUGUUUUUGUACUAUGUUUGCCUUGGUCUGUCUUCUGAUGUUGCAGGUCUUGGUCAACAAGAUGUGGAAGCUGAACGCAGGGGAAUAUUGUUGGUCGAUGCAAAACGACGUCGUUCUUCGCUUCCCUCAUUAAACGACUCAACCAUUCCAUCUGACGAUGUUUAUGCAAAGGCGGCAAAGACCUCUCCUCGGAUUUCAAUUUAAACGGCUGAUAAUGGGAUCAAGAAGACCUAGGAACUCGGAUGCUAAAUUUAAUUCGCUGGAGAAGAAGAAACCCAGAGAACUAAGUGAUUAUAUAAACCCAUGAAUGUAAACUGUCAAACUCACUUUUGUUAGAGCAAGAAGCAUGUGCUUAAGGCUUUACAUUUGUCAAAGAAUUGUCAAACCAAGAGCUGGUCAGGGUUUGUAAGAGUUCUUCAAGUUGUCAUAGCUCGAGUAUAGCUAGUAGUUGAGAUUGAUCUCCGAAUCUUGUAUGUACUUUCGUACCUUUCAUUCUGAAUAAGUCAGUUCUUUAUGUGGUUGUCAAAAGGUGUUUCGAUUCGUGUAUUGAGUUCUUUGCAUUCAGAAAAACGAAUUUCAAUGAUGGAGUAUUGGACAAUAACCAUUGUUUAAUUCAUACUACUGCGGGCAACAUGGAACUGAACGACGAACUCAUUGUCUAAGACGGUAGGAACUGGUUUGUACAAAGUCUAAAAAAAGGUAUGUGAUUUAGAGAUUUUCAAGGUUUUAAUACUGCUCUACUAGCAAUAGAGAUUCUAUAAUCUCCCAAAAUCCUUGAUUGCACUAGUAUUAAAGGCGAACUAUCAUAAGAGAACAACCAUUCUCGAAGCUCCAAUAGGGCAUCAAUCGAGUUUUAUUUGGCAUAGCCUACUUAGUGUGAGGGACUACGAUUGAGAAUUGGUGAUGGCGCAUCAGGAUGUAGAUAGGGAGAUAAAUGGUUGUGUAAGAGACACAUUUCUUACCUUAGCUCCACAAGGAUAGGAAGUGGACGCCACAGUAAGGGAGCUAGUAGGCUCGGAUAGUGAGCAGUGUGAUUUAGAAGUGAUUGAAGCCUAUUUUGACACGACUGCAACACUAAGUAUCCUACAGAGACCUCUGUGGGGGUAAUGGCGAACAGGACAAGAUGAUAUGGGUGGCGAAUCCUCAAGGUGAGAGAGGAUUAUCAUCAAUGACCGAAGGGCUUUAAUGCACGCAACUUGGUUCAACCUUAUGGAGAGCCGGAGGUGUGGAACAAUAUACGGAGACCGUGAAUUCCACCGAAAGUAAAGCUAUUCAUUUGGCGGUUUUCACAGGACGGAUUACCAACCGACAACCAUAUAAGCAAACACAGUAAAAAACGGGGAUACAAAUGCCCGUUUUCUAGAAUCAGGGCGAUACAAAUUCAUCUCUUCGGCGAGUGUGAAUGGGUGUCUUGGAUUCGCCGGGAAUCAGAGCUAAGAGAUUGCUUCUUAUUUCGCAAAUCUGUUGAUUUAGUUUGGUAAACACAGUGAUGGAAAUCCAAGAUGAAGGCAACUUUAAAUCUUAGUGUGAUGUGGUUCUUCUGAAAAAACACAACACUCAUCUCUUUAACGAUCAUUAGCUUCAGGAAAACGAGAUUGCAAUACGAGCCCGAUACUUCCUGGAGGACUAUCGACAUCACUAGUGUAAGGUGGACGUCGGGGUGGUACCACCACUACCGAAGACAUGGCAGCGACCAGGGCCAUGGAAUGAUUAAAAUCAAUAACUAUGC